AUGACAUGUAAAAAUAUCAUAAAAAAGGUAUGGGGGGUAUUCCGCGACGCGCGUCGCUUCUGGCGCGUGAGCAGCAAGUGGACCCGCGGACGAGGCGCCUCGUUGGAGACAGAUGUGCAUCCGACCGCACUGGAGCGCCCGCUGGCGCGCGCCGGCUCCGACAGCACGCCGGAGCCCGGCCCCAUAUGCCACCGCUGGGCCGAGGUGGAGGCCGAGGAGGCCGGCGUGCACCGCAGCGACUCCACGUCGUCCUCCGGACAGUCCGAGGCCACGGAGGAGUUCCGGGCCCGCGCCAGCACGGACUCGCGCCUGCCGCCCCGCCCGGCGCGGCUCCGGCACCCGCCCGUCGCCCGAAACCCGCCGCCUGUCAGGCGCAUGAGCGUCGCUAUGAGGGGAAACAAUGCUAGCACUUAUUGAGGAGCACAGCUUAUAUAUAUGUAAAACCCGGCAGUUUGAAAAUGUCGAGGGCCACAGCGCGCAUUUUCAACGCUAAGGCUAGGUUAUUGUAUUGUGAUCCGGAGCCAGCACGGACUGGCGCCUGCCGCCCCGUCCCGCGCGGCUCCGACACCCGCCCGUCGCCCGGAACCUGCCGCCUGUCAGGCGCAUGAGCGUCGCUAUAAGGGGG